UCAAUCCGUCAGAAGAGCUCCAACAGUCUAGGGAAAUACUUCCCAGCCGCGCCAGGAAGCUCGAAGCUACUCGAUCACGGAUGACGGCAAGUCUCCUUCCAUCUUUCAAGGUCCGAUCUCCUUUUCAUUACUUCGACGACGACCUGAAGAAGCCUCCAAAGAGGCGCAUUGACAGCGAGGUCCCGUUCUUCAUUCGUUUUACCCGCCUCUCGUUGAGUUGACAUUCGCUUGUAUACUCCGGAUCAAGGUGGAUUGUAGCAUGAGCACGUCGUAGGCAGAACACAACCAAAGCAGCACAAAGUCCCGACAUGCAUCCUUCACUCACAUUGCUGGCGAGCUUUUCGCUUGCCCUCUCAACAACAUAUGCUCAGACGUCCAGCGGAGUCACCAUCGUAUCACCUCCGCCAGGAUCUCCGCCGCCAGUUUUGAUCAAUACGACGACAGCAAAUGAAACAGUCGUCGAGAUCUGUCCACCUCCACCGACGGUCUUUUUCAAUGUCACAGACUAUGUACCUAUCACUGAGUACGCCACUACCACAGUAACUGCAGUAACCACCGCAACUUAUAUCGACACUACGACUAAACCAAUAACGAUUUUCCAGACGAUUAUCUCGACAACAGUCUUGACAGCGACCGUGACUACCACAGAGACCGAGACCGAGACUGAUACGUCGACGACAACGACGACAACAGUCUCGAUUAGUCCGACCACUGCGACCGCGACAACUACUGACACCGACACCACCAGCACAACUGCCACCGCCACUGAGAUUAUCUCCGAAUUUUUGACCACAGAGAGAGUUACAAGCAUUACCCUAUGCCCGACUCGAACCGCCAACCCAACCUAUACGGCUAACGAACCGUAUCCCACUGACUGGACAUGGGGCUGCCCACCAGGCUGGCUGUGUAAGCCACUACAACAGAACUGUAAUUUCGAAGCUGGAAUCCCCGAGCAAAACUUCUACUGUUCACCCAACGAAUGCAUUCCUGCAGAUGUUUUGCCCGCCUAUCUCCCAACAUGGGAUGCCGAUAUUUACGGCAACGCUACGCCGGCCACCAACCCGGGCUUGACCAUCCAAGCCAUUGACCACUUCUUCAACAUGGAUCCGACCAAGUUUGGUUUGACCUACGAAAUCUUUGUGGUCAACGAAGUCUUCACAAGGACAUCGACCAUCUUGGAACAGCCCACCCCUGUUGUGGCCGCUCGACAAGCCCAAACCAGUGUCCCAGGCGCCUGCUAUCCAUGGUGUAACAACUGUAUGCUCGAAGCACAGUCGAGCGGGAAAUCUCCCAAGCUCUGCCUGCCAGGCUCGGCAUUCGAGACUUCGCUGAAUCAGUGCGAACAAUGCAUCAACGUUCAUCGCGGCGACGACACCGGCUUCGUGCAAAUCGCGCCCCAAUUCCAACAGUUCUUGGAUUACUGCGAUCAAUUCGCGACUGUGGUAGUGACUACGUCGGAGACAGUCACGACAAGUACCGGCCCCGGUACGACGGCCACUAGUAUAGCGUCAUCGGCAAUAUCGACGACGGUGACACCGAAAGCUUCAGCAUCAACAUCCACUUCAGUAGGCCCGGAGACGUCGUCCACGACUGUUGUCGCCACGACUGCUACCCCAACGACCACGACAGAGCCACCUUUUUCUUUCUCCUCUGCCUCUUCAAUCCCACCAUCACCGACCUCGACUCUUCCUGCCACAAGUUAUUCACUCACUACCAUCGCCCCAACCGAGUGGCCACAGAUCACCAUCAUCAUGCCUGUCGGAGUCAACAGUACCACGACCGUAUAUGGUUCUACACUACCUAGCGGUGCCGCCACUCUUGUUCUGCCUGAAGCGAUAAGCAGUGCAGGUUCCCUUGUUUCGACGAUGACGGGAACAGCGAGCAGUGUCGUCGUUUCCACUCCGGCUGGGGCGUCAGGCAGUGGCUCAGGAACCGCAUCCGCGAUGACGUCCACUUUUACCGGGGCGGCAGUGGCCGUGAAAUUUGCCUCGGGACAAUGGGCGUGGCGAACGUUGCUGCUGGAAGUGUUGAUUCCCUUUGUGCUCGCGCUGGUGCUUUAGGCGGAGAAAAUGUCUUGUUGAUAACGGACGAGCACAUGCUAUAGAAGUCCGAGUGGAGCUCUGGUACUCGGCCCAGCUUCCCGCAAUGCUGGCUAAUAUUGGGAAGGAAACGUGUUUUAUGAAAGUAAUGAGUUGAGUAUAG